AUGAUCGACAAAUAUUUUACCAAACUACCAAAAAAUUCAGAACCUUUAAAUUCAAAGCCAAAGGAGAAAGUUGCUUUUGUUGAGAAAGAAAGUCUUGCAUCAGAUGAUGAUAUUAUUGGUGAUCCUGGACUGCGAAAACCAAUUGAUAGUUACCCAUUUGAAAUUAGAGAUUCAUUGAGGAGAAGAUACUUAGCUAAAGGCCCUUGUCAACCAGUUGGGCAUGAAUUUCCAUUCACUCUUAUUCGCGAAAAGAAUCGAAGGUUUCAAGUUGCUUGGUUCAAGGAUUAUGAAUGGUUAGAGUAUAGUGUAUCUAAAGACAAAGCUUAUUGUUUAUAUUGUUAUUUGUUUGCAAAUAACAAUAGAAGUGGGGGAAAUGUUUUUACUGAGAUUGGUUUUAAUAAUUGGAAAGAUGGAAGACGUGCAUUUGUCAAUCAUGAAGGAAGUCCUGGUAGCUCACAUAGUGGUUGUAGAAUGAAGGUCGAGCAAUAUCGUAAUCAAAGAGGGAAUGUGAAUCAGCUAUUGGCAAGACAAACUGCUGCUAUGGAAGAUGAUUAUCGCACUCGAUUGUCAACGGUUGUAAGUGUUGCUCGAAUACUUUUAGAGGAAGGUUUGCCUUUUAGAGGACAUGAUGAAUCUGCAGAGUCACUCCACCAAGGUAAUUUUCUAGAACAUAUUAGUUGGGUAUGCAAGCGAGAAGAAAAUGUAAAUAAAGUGAUGGGAAAGAAUGCUCCAGGAAAUAAUCAAUUGACUUCUCCUACGAUUCAAAGGGAUAUUAUUGAAUGUUGUGCAAUGGAAACGAGAAAGAUCAUAUUGAAUGAGCUAGGGGAGAAGAAGUUUGCUCUUUUGGUUGAUGAAGCCCGAGAUUGUUCAGUAAAGGAGCAAAUGUCUUUGGUGUUGAGAUUUGUUAAUGACAAAGGAAUGGUUUUGGAACGUUUUCUUGGAUUGGUUCAUGUGAAUGAGACUUCUGCAAAAGUUCUAAAAAAUAUUAUUGAUACUUUUUUUGCCAAGCAUGAUUUAUCACUUGCAAAACUCAGAGGGCAAGGUUACGAUGGAGCUGCAAACAUGAGCGGUGAAUUUAAUGGGUUAAAAACACUCAUUCUAAAAGAAAACAAAAAUGCACAUUAUAUUCAUUGUUUUGCCCACCAACUUCAGUUAGUUGUUGUGACUGCUUCACAUGAAUCAGAGAGUGUAGGUGAUUUCUUUGAAACAUUGUCAAUGAUAGUGAAUACAAUUGGAGCUUCGUGCAAAAGAAAUGAUACUCUUCGAGAAAUACACAAUGAGGAAGUGUUGAAUCAAGUGGAGAUGGGUGAGAUUUCAACUGGAAGAGGUCAGAAUCAAGAAAUAAGUUUAGCUCGGCCUGGUGAUACACGUUGGGGUUCUCACUACACAACAAUAGUUAGACUUUUUGACAUGUGGAAUUCAGUUGAAAGAGUGUUGUUGGCAAUAAACAAACUAGGUGAAAGUCUUAAAAUCCGACAGUCUGCUGGGGGUGUAUUUGAUAAGAUGGAUUGUUUUCAAUUUGUUUUCAUUGGAAAGUUCAUGAUGAAGAUUUUGGGAAUUACAAAUACCCUAUCAAAGAUUCUGCAAGCAAGAGAUCAAAAUAUAGGAUAUGCACUCAAUAUGAUUAAUGUUGUGAAAAAUAAGUUGCAAGAAUUGAGGGAAGAUGGUUGGGAUAAUUUAUUGAAAGAAGUAACUGAAUUUUGUGAAGGACAUUCUAUUGAUGUGCCUAAUAUGGAGAAUUUUGUUCAUGGUCGAUCUCGAAAAAGGCUUAAGGGUGGAGAACCAAUGACAUAUCUUCAUCAUUUUCGGAUCGAUAUCUUCAUAAAGGUAAUUGAUGUUAUUGCAAUGGAAAUGGAUAAACACUUCACUGAAGCAAAUACAAAGCUACUUAGAUGUGUGAUGUGUUUGGAUCCUUCAAAUUCUUUUGCAAAUUUUGAUCAUGUCCGCUUAUUGCAACUAGCUAAGUUGUAUUCAGAUGAUUUUAGUUCCACUGAUAUAAUUGAGCUUGACCAUCAACUUCAAAAUUAUAUCUGUGAUAUGAGAUCAAAUGAGAUAUUCUCAAAUAUUUCCAAUCUUGGAGAUCUUGCAAAGAAGAUGGUGGAGAUAAAUUACCACACUUAUUUCCCUUUAGUCUACCGACUAAUCGAGUUAGCUUUGAUAUUGUCGGUUGGAACAGCUAGUGUGGAAAGAACUUUUUCGGCGAUGAAUGUGGUGAAGACUGAUUUACGCAACCGAUUAGGAGAUGACUUACUAUCAGACUGUUUGGUGUGUUACUUUGAGAAAGAAAUUUUUAGGAAUAUCGAUGAUGAAGUGAUUAUGCAAUCUUUUCAAAACUUGGCGUCUAGAAGAAACCAAUUGCGACCACUAAAAAUUCGUCGACCAAAUCCUUGUUAA